AGUCGCUGUAACCAGUAAAGGCCAAAAUAGGAAAAUGGGAAGGCCAUAUGUAAACAGAAAAAAAACUCAGCUGUUUUCUGCCAAAUCCCUUACACAAGUUUUUCUACAAGAAUCUACAGACUUUCCUUUGACCUCAGGCAGGCAGAAAGGUUUUGGAAAAGAAUAAGUUUGAUCCUUCCCUGGUGCUGCGCAGUUUGCAACUAACCUUUCUUCAGGAGUCGUUGAUGAGUAGUGUCUCGCAGUUCCGGUCUCGUCGACCCUGAAGACUUCCGGCAGAAUGGAGCAGAAGAAAUCGCUCAAGUGGCUCGAGGUGCCGCUCGGCAAGUUCAGCGAGGCUGCGACGCUGCACGCUCGUCAACUCAACACCCACAGGACCAACGUCCUCAAGUUGGAACGGGAUGAUCGAUGGGAGGCGGCGCACAAGGAGUACGUGGAGGCGGCGAGGGUUGUCCAACAACUCAGGUCCCUCGUCUUCGAGCUGGACAGCCUCAGGGCGCAGUUGACCGACGAGCGUGACCUUGAGGAAUUUUCCAAACGGACAAAACGUUCCACGGACGAAAUCAAAAAGGCCAUCCAGACCUUUCUCGACCUUGAGAAACCAAAGCCGAGAUUGACAGGGUUUGAUUUGACCAAUGAUUGGCCGGCUGAGGACGGCGUGAACACAGGACCGGUGCCCGAGCUUCAACUCCAGCAGAGCAUUGGUGUUGAGGAGCGCGCCGUGGCCCAACAGGAGGCCGCCCUGGCCGCGUGGAGGCGUCUUCAGACGGACUUCGAGGACCUGAACCACGUGAUGCGCGACUUCAGUGCUAUUGUGGCGGCGCAGGCCGAGCCUGUCAACCUCAUUGAGCAGAAUGUGGAGACCGCUGCUGAGAAUGUGGCCGAAGGUUCGCGAAUCCUUGCUGCGGCCGCUCGAGCCAAAGCAGCAACCUACCCAUUGAUUGGGGCCAUCAUUGGUGGCUGCGUGGCCGGGCCUAUCGGGGUUCUGGCUGGGCUCAAGGUUGCAGCGGCAGCGGGCAUUUCGGGUGGAAUUCUAGGAUUUGCUGGUGGAAAAAUGUUGAAGGGAAGUGAAGAAGCUGUUCAAGUGGAAUGUCGGCUGAAAGACGAGCAGGUUAAAAAUGAAGAGGUGCAACAGGCUAAUCACGCCAGCUUUAUUUCCUGAUGCCUGUUCUCGCGCCUCUUCUUUUGGCGCUGCAGAAAUCUCUGAGAGCUGGUCUCUUUUGUUACCAUUGAAGGACUGAUUAUACUUAGUCACAAAGUUUUAUUUAUACAAUUUACAGUCAAUGUAAAAUACUCACUUUGUCAAGCUAAAGCAAACAAGCAGGAAAAUGCGUAUUUGAUGUCAUUUUAAGGUAUAAUAUUAUUGAAGUAUUCCAAAUUUUGUACUAGGAUAAAAAUAUUGUUAAAAUUAAAAAAAAUGCAGGAUUUAAAUA